UUUUAUCCGCUUAAUUCAUCCACAGCCACGACACAAGAAAGGCUGUACUCCCAAAAAAAUAUAUUCGCACUAAAUAUUCCUUUACCACCUAUUCAUUUAUUUUAAGAUCAUAAUUUCAUAAACCUGUGAAAACUUCAUAAUUAUACAUAAAUUUUAAUUUCAACAAUGUCUCAACCAGAAAGAAAAAUCAGUGAGAUUCGCCAAACCGGAUUCUUACAUCACGCCGAACUCAUCAAGCUCGCCAAACCCGCGGACCUUCUAGAAUUCGAUCGGGGUUUGUACAAGCACUGGGCUCUGUACGCGGGGGGUGGCAUGGUCAUCAACGUCUGUGGGGAAGACUGUAACAAAACCGAGGCAUGGGUCCGCCUCCAGCCGAUCCAAUAUGUUUGUGACCUUCACCCCGUCCCACGCUACAGACUGGUCAGAAUCAACAACACGCCCGAUGUCCCCGGCUGCCUCCUCAGACCCACGCCACGUCUGCCCGACAGAGCCAUGGAGGAAGCCCGACUCAUGCUUGAUACCAAAGUCCCGUACGAAUACGAGGGAAGAAACUCUGAAUUUUACUGUAAUUUGUGGAAGUUUGGUCGCAUAUUUUCGGAAGAAGCAAUGAAAGCCGGAAAAAAUGGAAUAAUUUGACAACAGUGGUGGGACACUCAAGCACACCAGUUUAUUUAUUGUAAUUUUUGAAGUAAUUGUUUGCCUAGUGGUGAACCAUUAUUUUUUAGAAUAGUAAAGAAAAUAAAUAUUUUUUCGCAAAAUUA